AUGAAAUUGUCGGAAUUUAUGACAUGUUGGCGAGAAUGUGUACCAACUGAAUUUUCAAUUGAUUUAGAACAAUUAAAAGAAUUUGUGAUUAUUUCUGAAGGUACUAUUUCUUAUAUUGAUAUUGAUAAUCUUAGUGAAAAAGCUAAUGAACGAAUAAAAACAUUAUUUUCACGAAAGAAUACUUGGACAUUAUCUGAAUUAGAACCAUUAUUAUCUUGUUUAACAACAUCAAAUGCUGAAUUCAAUUCAUUAUUAGCAAAGCAUACACGUUGUAUUAUAAAAGAUGGACAAAAAUAUUAUGUACCUAAAUAUAGUUAA